UAGCUCCUGAAAGUGCUGUGCUAGAUAUUAACUUCCCAUGGCAGAUCUCGUCAUGCUAGAGACGCCUCCGACGGGAUGGUUUCUAUUCCUCUUCCCGCUCUUCCUCUUGUUUGUGUUUUAUUACUGGUUCACUUGGAAGACAGGAAAAAGGCAACAGCUUGCAGGCAGACUCGCGCCAUCACCACCGGCGCUGCCCAUCAUCGGCCACCUGCACCUCCUCGGCUCGCUCCCACACGUCUCGCUCUGCCGCCUUGCCAGGAAGCAUGGCCCCGACGUGAUGCUCCUCCAUCUCGGCGCCGUGCCGACGCUCGUCGUGUCGUCACCGCGUGCCGCAGAGGCGGUGCUGCGCACGAACGACCACGUCUUGGCGUCACGGCCGCACUCCGUGGUCACCGACAUCCUCAUGUAUGGCUCGUCCGACGUCGCCUUUGCGCCAUAUGGCCAAGGCUGGCGGCAGGCAAGGAAGCUCCUCACCAACCACAUGCUGAGCGUUAGAAAGGUGCAAUCUUUCCGCAGCGCCGUCAUGGAGGAGGUGAGCAUGGUGAUGGCCAAGAUUAACGAGGCCGCCGCAGUCGGCAGUGUGGUGGACAUGAGUGAGCUGCUCAAGACAUUCACAUAUGACAUGGCAUGCCGCAUCGUGUCCGGAGAAUUCUUCCUAAAAGAAGGACGGAGCAAGUUGUUCCAAGACCUCACCAAUGAUACCUCACUGCUGCUAGGAGGGUUCAAGGUGGAGGAGUACUUCCCAACAUUGUCUAGGGUAGAACUGCUUAAAAGGACAGUUCAUGCAAAGGCUGAGAGACUAAGGCGUAGAUGGGCCGAUCUGCUGGACAAGGUGAUCGUUUCUCAUGAGAACAAGGACAAGUCAGCGUUAGAUAACCAGGGUGGAAAUUUCGUCGAUAUUCUCUUGUCUAUUCAGCUGGAGAAUGGUCUCACAAGAGAGCAGAUGAAAGCUCUCCUAACCGAUGUAUUUUUCGGUUCAACGGACACAUCAUCUAACACCCUCGAAUUCACAAUGGCUGAGCUCAUGAGGAGGCCCCGCCUGAUUGGGAAGCUACAAGACGAGGUAAGGAGUAUUGUACCCCAGGGACAGGAAAUUGUCAGUGAAGCCGACAUGAACAAUAUGACAUACCUAAGAGCAGUCAUAAAGGAGUCACUCCGACUUCAUCCUGUUGCACCUUUACUUGCUCCACACCUUGCCAUGGCUGACUGCAGUAUUGAUGGGUACAUGAUUCCUGCUGGAACGCAUGUCUUCGUCAAUGUAUGGGCCAUUGGUAGAGACUCUAGCUCUUGGGAGGACAGUGAAGAAUUCAUACCUGAAAGAUUUAUAGAGGAAGGCAGUGAUGUGCAUGUCAACUUCAUAGGGAGUAAUUUUAAACUCUUGCCGUUCGGGGCAGGACGCAGGAUAUGCCCUGGUAUAAACCUCGGAAUCACGAUUGUUGAGCUUAUGUUGGCAAACUUGAUGUACCAUUUCGACUGGGAACUGCCAAAAGGGAAUGAGAGGAAAGACAUUGAUAUGACGGAGGUGUUUGGACUAACUGUGCGCCUGAAGGAGAAAUUACUGUUAGUUCCAAAAUCACGCAUAUAACCGGAUAAGAUCUUCUAAGCAAAUUUAUGUUACCGGUAUGUUGCUGCUACAAAAUAAAGGUCAAUUCUAGCCAUCAAAGGAGUCAGGAUUUUGAUCCUAGGGGC